UCAUUUCCAACAGCUCAUUGUGUAGUUUAGUUCCAUUUCAUCCUGUAAGUCAACUCUCUCUCUCCAAUCCGCCCGCUAUCCAUCCUGGUUUUCUAUAUUUAGAAAUGGGUGGUAAGUCUUGGGGAUCCAGGGCUCUUGUUUUCUGGUGCAUUGUGUUGUCUUUGAUCCAUGUUUCAUUGGGUUCCAAGGCUAGGCAUUUCAAAUGGGAAGUAGAAUACAUGUACAGAUCUCCGGAUUGUCUGGAACAUGUAGUAAUGGGUAUCAAUGGCCAGUUUCCAGGGCCGACCAUCCGAGCUAAAGCCGGAGACACCAUUGUUAUGGAACUCACCAACAAGCUUUACACUGAGGGAGUUGUCAUUCACUGGCAUGGAAUCAGACAGCUUGGAACACCAUGGGCGGAUGGGACUGCUUCCAUUUCACAAUGUGCUAUCAACCCUGGAGAAACUUUUAAAUACAGGUUCAAAGUUGACAGGCCUGGAACAUACUUUUAUCAUGGGCACUAUGGAAUGCAAAGAUCAGCAGGCUUGUAUGGGUCCCUUAUAGUCGACGUGGCAGACGGAGAGAAAGAGCCAUUCCAUUAUGAUGGUGAGUUCGACCUAUUGUUGAGUGAUUGGUGGCACCUAAGUGUACAUGAGCAAGAGGUUGGCCUUUCCUCCAACCCAUUCCGUUGGGUCGGUGAACCGCAGACUCUGCUGAUUAAUGGAAGAGGGCAAUUCAAUUGUUCAUUGGCUGCAAAAUUUAGCAAUUCUUCUGUCAGCCAAUGCAAGUUUAGAGGAAAUGAGCAAUGUGCACCCCAGAUCCUGCAUGUGCAUCCAAACAAAACUUACAGGCUGAGGAUUGCCAGCACCACUGCUCUAGCUUCACUCAACUUGGCCAUUGGGGGUCACAAAAUGCUGGUGGUGGAAGCUGAUGGAAAUUAUGUGCAACCAUUUGCAGUUAAUGACUUGGAUAUUUAUUCAGGGGAAACCUAUUCAGUCCUGGUAAGAACAGACCAACUCCCCUCCAAGAAUUAUUGGAUUUCAAUUGGUGUAAGAGGAAGAGAACCUAAAACAGCUCAAGCCCUCACCAUUUUGAACUACUUUCCCACCUCUGCAUCCAUACUCCCUGUCUCUCAACCACCUGUAACACCUCGAUGGAACGAUUAUAAUCACAGCAAAGCAUUUACUAAAAGCAUAUUUGCCCUGAUGGGAUCCCCCCAGCCCCCAAAAACUAAUCAUCGUCGGAUCAUCCUUCUCAACACUCAAAACAAAAUUGAUGGAUUCACCAAGUGGUCUAUCAACAAUGUUUCCUUAGUAUUGCCUCCGACUCCUUACUUGGGCUCCAUUAAAUAUGGUUUCAACAAUGCUUUUGAUCAGAAACACCCUCCGGACAACUAUGAUAACAAUUAUGACAUUAUGAAGCCUCCAGUGAACCCCAAUUCAACUCAUGGAAAUGGAAUUUACACCAUUGACUUCAAUACCACUGUUGAUGUGAUACUUCAAAAUGCCAAUGCAUUAGCAAAGGACGUUAGUGAAAUACAUCCAUGGCAUUUGCAUGGUCAUGAUUUUUGGGUGUUAGGAUAUGGAGAAGGGAAGUUCAGAGAAGAAGAUGAGAAGAAAUUUAACUUGAAGAAUCCACCAUUAAGAAACACUGCUGUGAUCUUCCCUUAUGGAUGGACUGCAUUGAGGUUUGUUGCUGAUAAUCCAGGAGCUUGGGCAUUUCAUUGUCACAUUGAGCCACAUUUGCAUAUGGGAAUGGGAGUUGUUUUUGCUGAAGGUGUCCAUCGUGUUGGUAAAAUACCCAAAACUGCUCUUGCUUGUGGCUUAACAGGAAACAAACUGAACUGAGACUGAUUAACUCAUGCAUUUUGCCAAUGAAUCAAAAAAAUUGGAUGUCAUUUCAGAACAUUAGGCAUUUUGCUACUUGGGUACAAAUCCUAAGUUUGAGUUGUAGUGUUAAGUUUUUGUAUCCUAAAAGAUACUUGUUUUCUCGGAAUUUAAUAAAUAUAGCCUUCUCUGU